GGAAGUAUUAUAAUGGACACAUUGCGGAUGUCACAGCAUGGGGCGCUGCACGCUCAGUAACUGAUGAAUUAUUAAGUUUACAGCGUUUUGUACAUGUGUAUUUUUUAUGCUAAUUGUUUAGUGUUGGCUUGAAACAAGAGUUCACAUGGCGUCUCAGCGAGUUUGUCAAAUGGUGCAGCGCCGUUUGGUGUCCAGUGCAGCAGCCGAGGGGCUUUCCACGUCCGAAUUGCGCAGUUGGCGUAGUACCCUGUUCUCCAAAGAGCAAGCUCGACAGCGCUCGCUGUUUCCCCGCAUUGAGAAAAUCGAGGUCACCAUGGACGCACCGGGGCUACAGGGAACACUUCUGGUGAUGAACAAGGGCAUGUCCACACCAUAUAGCUGUGCAAGACAUUUGACAGAGUGGCACGUGUCUAGUGCAGCUCUCGCACUGGUAGAUGGAGAGCCAUGGCACAUGCAUCGCCCACUCACUCGCUCCUGCUCGCUCACACUGCUCACGUUCAAAGACACCAACCCUCAGCUCCUUAAUCAGGCGUAUUGGCGUUCCUGUUCAGCCAUGUUGGGACAAGUUCUUGAUAAUGCCUUCAAAGAGGAGUACAGUGUGGAGCUGCUGAAGAUUCCUGAAGUUCCUGUGACUGCUGGUGCUUUCUGCUCUGAUGUGGUCUUGGAUCCUCGGUUAGAUUCCUGGACUCCUUCAGAGGAGAACAUGCGCUCAUUCACUCGAGAAGCUCAGCAGCUAAUGCUUAAAGAUAUACCCUGGGAGCCUCUGGAUGUGGCACCUCCUGUAGCACUGGAGAUCUUCUCUCAUAGCAGAUAUAAACAAGAGGAGGUGGAAGAAAUGGCUGCAAAAUGCCCUAGUGGCACAGUGUCAUUAUACAGGUGUGGGGAGCAUGUGACUCUGUCAGAGGGCCCCCUAGUGGUCAGAACAGGUCUGUGCUACCAGUAUGAAGUAACAGCAAUGCAUACACUGGGAGAAGGACAGUGGGGUUUGCAUCGACGAGCCCAGGGCCUCUCACUUCCCCUCAACCUCACGGCUCACCAUACAAUUUGGCGAAAGCUGAGGAAGAGAGCUGAGAAACUGGUGGAGAUUCCUUCAUCUGCAGCCACUAAACCUGAAACCACAUCCCCUUCUCCCAAAUCUAUUCCCUCACCAUCCCAACACUGACCUGCAAUUAAUCCUGUUUAUACAUAAAUAUUGUUUCCUAUUGUGUAAUUUUGCUGAAUAAAUCACUCAUCAGUGCGA